AUGUCGGUCUCUGUAAAGGAUUUUAAUAAAACCUGGUGGUCAGAAGUGUAUAAUCGUAUUAUCGGGGCGGUGGUAUUCUUGGAUGAUCACAGCGCUGAAUGCUUGCAUUGGGAUGGUGGACUUUUCAAUCUCAUUAACGGUGGAGCAGUUGCCGUCAAAACUUUGUCGCCUUUUGAGCAUACAAAGAAAGAGCACAAAAAAGUAGUUUUCAUUACUCAAGCAACGAGCAUACAACUGAAGACUAUUCGAGAGAUAACUCGUAAUGGUGACUUCACUCAUUGCAUCCUUAUUUCAACUGUGAGCCUGGACAUUGUGUUUUUGGAACUGAACGAAGGGAGAGAUGUUAGCGAUAUUGUAUCUUCGGGUCGGGCUCCGGGCGAAGCCACUAAGUAUUUGGAGAAUAUGCUCAAUGAAUGCUGUGGGAAGAAGCAAUGUGUUAUAGAAGUGGUAUUUGUACCGAUAUUUGCUGUGGCACCAACAAAUGUAGUCUUUCUCACACCUCCAUAUCACCAAGUAUAUCCUAUGUUCGAUGAGAAGUUAGUACCGGAUACUCCGUCUGUAGAUCUAUACACACUUACAAAUGAACAACGCUCGAUGGUAAGGAGACUGACGAGCAGUUUAAACAGUCUGUUGGACUCAAUGAAUAUGAAAGACGAUGUUUAUUAUAUGGGAACAUAUAGCACACUGAUUGCUGGUAUUUUGGAGAAUUCACCAAUCUGUGUAUCUAGACGGAAGACAUGUUCAAACCCAACCUCCUUAAUCAUUGUUGAUCGUACUUUAGACCUGUGUGGUGUGACAACACAUUCUACUGAGUCUGUUCUCGAUAAAAUGAUGGCUGUCCUGCCAAGAUUUCCAGGACAUUCAAAUGAAGUGGCCGUUGAUAUGUCAGCUUUGUGUGAAGCUAAUGUAAUCUGCCAUCCUGACGACAUUCAAUUAAGUCCGGGUUGUGUAUAUCACGCAAAUGAUGAUGUGUGUCUCCAAACGUACGACCAUAUGAUAAAUAAGUCCCAGAAGGAAGUUAUGUUCGAUAUAUACAAUAAAUUAUCCAAAAUCGAUGUCCAAAAGUCACCCGGACCUAAAACACUAUUGAAAGUCACACCGCAAAGUGUUGAGAAGAUUGUUAAUGCUUCUAAAGGUAAUUAUGAAAUAAUAGGCAGCAAUCUCGGCAUACUUCAACAAGCAUUAGGUGUGGUACAGACAUUGAAAUCACCGAAAAGGGUUCAGUAUGAGCUACUCAUGAGUUUGGAAAAACAGGUGUUACAGAACUUAGCAGCUAGUAGGGAUUCCACUAGUGUCUUACUCCAGAUGGGUCAUUUGAUUAAGACAAGGAAAGACCGUGAUUUACCAUUGGAAAGUCUUCUGGCACUUCUUAUAAAUGUUUAUUCACUGAUGGGAACUGAGGUGGCAUUCAAUAAAAAUCACGAAGAAAGCCUACAAGAAGCUCUCAGUGUUGCCAUAUUUGAGGACCACAAAAACAUCUUAGACACUGUUACGAUUGGCGACAUUGUAAUGCCAGAAGAAUGCGAGGCGAUGGCCAAAGUGAUUAUGGCCAGGUUGAAAGAAAUAUCGCAAAUGAGAAAAACGUUACAUAAGUUCACUUCAGUACUUCGUCCAUGCGAAAGUGGUUCAGGUCAUGAAUACUCCGGGGUUCUGCAACAGCUGGUUGAGGCUUUGGUUGACUCGGAGAGACCUGAGUUGAGUGACCUGCGGCAUAGACAUGAUGGUAUUAAAGAUCUAUUGAGGAGUGGACUUAACAUACUGACAAGUAAGAAGAAACAGAUAAAGCAUCCAUUGGACAAUUCUACGGUCAUAAUAUUUGUGGUGGGAGGCAUCACAGCCGAGGAAUGCAAACAGCUACACAGAACUGUGAUAACGAGCGGUGUUGAUAAUAACUUCUUGAUUGGUUCCACCAAAUUCGUGACCCCCAUUGAAGCUAUGAGAGAUGUACUGAAUUUGUGA